UUUGAACACUGAUCGCGAGCUGCGCGGAUCUGGGUCCGCUAUGGCCGCGAAUCUGUCGCCUCGGAGUCAGCUACAAGAGGCACUCCUGGGCACCUUGUUGCCCGUCUUGCGCUUGCCGCCAGAGGAGUUGCCCCCGAGGCUUCAGAAGCUGCGGCUGCGGCGUGUAGAGGAUGCGCGGCGAGCGUUGAGCCAAUGGCUUUACUGGCUUCUGCAGAGCGACGUGUCGCGUUUAGACUUCGAGCUGGGAAACACGUCUGGUGAUGAGCCCUUGUGGAACUUGCCCGAAGAUGCCCCAGAUGCAUCCUGCCUUCCGUCUGACUCGGAUGCGAAGAGCCGCACAGUUUCCCCGCAGCCUUCUGGCAAGUCGGAGAUGUGCAUCAGCCGUAGUCUUCCAGCCAACUGGCAAGAGGGCUUGGAGACUCUGAGCGCAGCCCGGCGGGGUCUGCAAGAGGUGUGUGCUUUCAGGCCAGGAGCGAGGGCUAUGGAGACGGACAACAGCACUGUCGCAGGUCGCCAGUCGACUCGUUCUGGUCGUCGUGUGCGCAUUGCUUCGAAGGAGGUGGAGAUUGAGCUGACAGCACAAGAGACAGAUAUACAGCUUGUAGACGGAGUUGGGAACCACAACUUGAGUUUGCCACUAUUGGCACCCGCUGCCGCGCAAAGAAGCGAGCAUUCUGUAUGUCCUGAGUUGGGCACGGAAAGCGCAUCAAGCUUGGAUGCCACAGGUGACUCCAGUGGCUUAGGUGGAGGUGGCUCAGGUAUCUCGGGUGGCUUUGGCGGCUCAAGUGGCUCAAUUUGCUCAGGUGGCUCGGGUGGCUCAGGUGGCUCAGGCAGCAUCGAGCAGAAAGACCUGCAAGCCCAACAUGCACGUUCAUUUGGUACCGCAGGUGAACUUCCAGCCAGCAGCAUUUUGCACAGAGACUGCACCAGCAUGACUGGUGGCUCUGCUGGUGCUGAUGGCUCUGGGGAAAGCAGCUUUGGUAUCGGCCCUGUUGCUGCCGACUGUAUUGUCAGCGGCAAUGGUUGUAGCAUUGGCACUGGCAGCAAUUGUGACAAUGCUAGAUGCAGCAUUGCUGGCAGCGGCAAUGCAACUGCCGAUGACGGUGGCUGCAGUGGUCGGGGCAACGGGGAUGCCGGAUUUGGCGGUGGGGAUGAUGAUGGCAUGGGUGCCGGCAGUGGAAGUGGCAAAGGUGGGGCUGGCAUUGGCAAAGGCGACAGAAGUACCAAUCGAGGUCUUACAGGCCACAACGGUGCCGCUAACAGUUUGCACGCCUCUACAGAUGGCAUCUCUGUUCGUGCAGCAGGGGACGGGGACCAGAUUGAACACAACUUCUUGCGAUCAAGCGCUUCCCCAUCGGUUGCUGCAGAGGGUCAGCGCACCCGAAAAGACUUUCCGCAGGAGCCGCGCGACAGCAUUUUCAGCUUUGGCAUCUUGUCCAAGGGAUCGGGCAAACUGUCCGUGGGCUCCAUGGAAUCUGGCAAGUUGUCUGUGGGCUCAAUGGGUGAGGAUGGCUCGGACGAUGAGAAAAGCUGGCCCACAGUUUCCCCGCAGCCUUCUGGCAAGUCGGAGAUGUGCAUUAGCCGUAGUCUUCCAGCCAACUGGCAAGACCAGGGCGUGGAGACGCUGAGCGCAGCCCGGCGGGGUCUGCAAGAGGUGUGUGCUUUCAGGCCAGGAGCGAGGGCUAUGGAGCGGGACAACAGCACUGUCGCAGGUCGCCAGUCGACUCGUUCUGGUCGUCGUGUGCGCAUUGCUUCGAAGGAGGUGGAGUUUGAGCUGACAGCAGAAGAGACAGACGUACAGCUUGCAGACGGAGUUGCGAGCCACAACUUGAGUUUGCCACCAUUGGCACCAGCUGCCGCGCAGCGAAGCGAGCACGCUGUAUGUCCUGACUUGGGCAGGGAAAGCGCAUCAAGCUUGGAUGCCACAGGUGACUCCAGUGGCUUAGGUGGAGGUGGCUCAGGUAUCUCGGGUGGCUUUGGCGGCUCAAGUGGCUCAAUUUGCUCAGGUGGCUCAAUUUGCUCAGGUGGCUCGGGUGGCUCAGGUGGCUCAGGCAGCAUCGAGCAGAAAGACCUGCAAGCCCAACAUGCACGUUCAUUUGGUACCGCAGGUGAACUUCCAGCCAGCAGCAUUUUGCACAGAGACUGCACCAGCAUGACUGGUGGCUCUGCUGGUGCUGAUGGCUCUGGGGAAAGCAGCUUUGGUAUCGGCCCUGUUGCUGCCGACUGUGUUGUCAGCGGCAAUGGCUGUGACAUUGGCACUGGCAGCAAUUGUGACAAUGCUAGAUGCAGCAUUGCUGGCAGCGGCAAUGCAACUGCCGAUGACGGUGGCUGCAGUGGUCGGGGCAACGGGGAUGCCGGAUUUGGCGGUGGGGAUGAUGAUGGCAUGGGUGCCGGCAGUGGAAGUGGCAAAGGUGGGGCUGGCAUUGGCAAAGGCGACAAGAGUACCAAUCAAGGUCUUACAGGCCACAACGGUGCCGCUAACAAUGUACACGCCUCUACAGAUGGCGUCUCUGCUCGUGCAGCAGGGGACGGGGACCAGAUUGAACACAACUUCUUGCGAUCUAAGGGUCAGCGCACCCGAAAAGACUUUCCGCAGGAGCCGCGCGACAGCAUUUUCAGCUUUGGCAUCUUGUCCAAGGGAUCGGGCAAACUGUCCGUGGGCUCCAUGGAAUCUGGCAAGUUGUCUGUGGGCUCAAUGGGUGAGGACGGCUCGGACGAUGAGAAAAGCUGGCCCACAGUUUCCCCGCAGCCUUCUGGCAAGUCGGAGAUGUGCAUUAGCCGUAGUCUUCCAGCCAACUGGCAAGAGAACUUGGAGACUCUGAGCUCUACGAGGCCUGAGGUUCUCGUGCGGAGGUUUGCAGGUGAUGCCAGUCUGCCAGGGCCCGUGGCGCCUGAGGUCCGCCCAAGCUCUUUGCCCCUGACCAUCUCACCCCUGCCGGCGAACCUGGCGAACCCGGCGUGCGAAGGCGACCGGGCGCGUGAGCACACCGAAGCGCAGGAUGGAAGUAGCCGGCCUCGUGCGGCAUCUGAUCCAGAUCGCCGAGGCCCAGCAGCGCCAGUGGACCGCCGCCACAGCGAUAUUCUGCCUUUGCGUGACCCAGCCUAUGGCAACGUGGCGCAGAAGGUCGCCGUCUACGAGGCGUUCCGACAGAUCUGUACGCUUUCCAAGACAUCCUUCGACGAAGGGGCUGGCGCCGCGGGAGGAGAUCUGCCUUGCCGCGCUGGCACUGGGGGCACGGCCGGCCCAGCCAGCCCCGCGCGAUAUCGAUGCAGCGGAAGCGGGGAGAGUCGAGUGCCGGAGCGGCGGGACUUGAGCCCCGCCUCACCGCUUCUCAGCAGCUGCCCCAGCCCAGAGCCACGGUCCAAGCAGUGGAUUUUGCAGCGCCUGGUGGAUGCGGGGGCCCUGCCGCUUCAGGAGGAGGACAAGUUCUUGCAGAGUCUUGGACGUGCCAGCGCGCAGGCCGCACAUCGGAACGCGAUCCCAGGCUUGGACCUUUCGCAGCUGCCAGCCUUCGGUGGAACGGUGAUCUCAACCUCCGUGAAGAGCAGCGAGGCCAGCACCCCGGGAGACGGCGACUUCGCGAGGAGGCUGCAGGAAUUGGAGACCAAGAACCAGAAGCUCACGCAGGAGAGGCACACCACUGAGCUCGAGCUGCAGCGGCUCCGGGAGGAAAAGGAGAAGGCUAUACUCUGUGAGAAGGCCAAAGAGGUGAACACAGAGAAGGGCAAGGCGCAGGCAAACGACAAGGAUCAGAAGGACAAGGAGGAAGAGCGGCAGAAAGACAAAGAGGACGAAGACAAGAACAAGGAGGACAAGAAGGCAAAAGGAAAGGGCAAGGCCAAAGGGCCCAAAGGCAAGGCGCCGCCAGCAGGGCUGGCAAAAGGCAAGAGCAAGGGCAAGGGCGAGACGCAAAGCUGCAUGCCAGAGGUGCAGCCACGCACCGCCAUGAAGAAGCUCUUCUGGAGCCCUCUGAAGGGAGACGCCUCUCAGAGCGUGUGGGCCAAAAUCCACCAGUCCGGCGCGGACUUCGACGUGGACGAGCUCGAGGCCAACUUCUCGGAGGUCUUUUCUACCGGCAGCGUGUCUCCGGUGAAGCGCCCGGCUGUUCAGCAGAAACACCGGCGAGUGUUUGACGAGAAGCGACGAAGGGAGAUUUGGUUCAUGCUGGCGCUGAUGCCGGAGCGGUCGCAGCUGCUGGAGGCCGUCGAGGGCAUGUCGGAUGCCAUCCUCCUGCCCGAGAAGGUGGAGCUUCUGCAGAUGAACUUGCCCACGGCCGCAGAUGUGCAGUUGAUCAACGACUCCGUAAACAGCACGCCCUUGGCAGAAGGCGAGGAAUGGGAUGCGCCGGAGGACUUUGUGCUAGCGAUCUCUUCCAUUCCACACUAUGAGCUGAGGGUGAAGAUGUGGGGCUUCUUGAACUCGGUGGACUUCGCGCAUGCCCGGCUCAUGCUGGCCCACCAGGAGCUCUGCCGCGGGGCGGAGAUCUUGAUGCGCUCCAAGGCGUUGGAGCGGCUCUUGGCGCUGGUGCUCUUCGUCGGGAACUACCUGAAUGGCGGCACAGCGCGGGGUCGGGCGGAGGGCUUCGACCUGGAGACGCUGCCGAAGUUGUCCAAGCUCCGGGGCCGAGGCUCAGAGACGCUGCUGGACUACUUGGUGUCGCAGACGGAGUCGGCUGAGCCGGGGCUGCUGGGCGCCCUCUUCCGGGCAGGCGCCGAAGAGGAGAUGGUGAAGCGGGCACGGAAGCACCGGGUGGUCGACCUGCUGGAUGAGCUGAAGUGCUUGAUCGGCCAAGCUGAAGGCUUCCUGGGCGAAGGGCUUGCCGCGGAUGGGGCAAAUGCAGCCUUGAUCAAGCGCAAGGUCCAGGUGGAGCAAGUGCUGGGCAAGCUCCGUGCAGCACGCCUGAGCUUCGAGACGGAGUGGGACCCAAAGUACGAGCAGCUAUGCCUCUGGUUCCAGCAGGAGGGCAAGCGCGGCUCGGAGGAGUUCUUCGGGAUCUGGGAGAGCUUCCUGGGCGAUCUGAAGAAGGCGUGGGAGUGCCACCAGCGAGAGCAUCUGCAAAUCCGCCGUGCCUUGUCCUUGCCACCGAGGCGCCGAAGCGUGGGCGGCGAGGUUGGUAGCAAGACUCCUCGUUCCUCGCCCCGCCCCUCACUGCGGCGGAAGACGGCGCACAACUUCCGUCCAGUCUUAGCCGCAGGCGCGAAGGAGAGCUCAGACAAGGAAAAGGCUGAGGCGCAGCCACAUGAGAAGCAGAAGGAGGAGCCAACAGAAAAACCAAAGGAAGAACCAAAGGAAGAGCAGAAGGAGGAGGAGGAGGAACAGAGGGAGGAGGACGAGGAGGACGAGGAGGAGGAGGAGGAGGAGGAGCAGAAGGAAGAGGAGAAGGCGGAGCAGAAGGAAGAGGAGAAGGCGGAGCAGGUGAAAGAGGAGAAGGCGGCGCAGGAGGAAGAGGAGAAGGCGGAGCAGAAGGAAGAGCAGGAGGCGGAGCAGAAGGAAGAGCAGAAGGCGGGGCAGGUGAAAGAGGAGAAGGCAGAGCAGAAAGAAGAGGAGAAGGCGGAGCAGAAGAAAGAGCAGGAGGCAAAACAGAAGGAAGAGCAGAAGGCGGGGCAGAAGGAAGAGCAGGAGGCGGAGCAGAAGGAAGAGCAGACGGCGGAGCAGAAGGAAGAGCAGGAGGAGCAAGUGCGCCAUCAAGACAAGUCCAGAGUUUAGUCAGAACGCAGUGGCAGAGUCAACUUUGGCAGCGGAGGCGAUGAUGCGAAAGCCAAUGCCUGAUAAAAGUCAAGGCCGGUCAGCUUCUUUCCGAAUGGAAGUGGAGCUGGCUCGCGCAAGCCGCUUUCCAAGAGAGGGAGCAGAUCCCUUUGGGUGCUGAACGACGCAGACUUGUAGAGGGCACCAUAUUUUGUCACCAGGGAACCCGUU